AUGAUCAGUGGGAUCCUGAAGAGGAAACAUGAAGAGGGCCCCUCCUCACAUCUGUCCACAGCGGCCUCCGACGAUGAGGUGUCCUGCAGUGAUAGUGGCAACAGCAGCGACAGCCUCAACCCCCCUGUGCCAUCUGGACUGCUCCACUCUUCUCUGCAGCCGAAGUCCAAGAGGUUUCGCGGUCGGAACGUGCACUUUGAGAACGUGACCGUGUACUACUUCGGCCGCAGACAGGGCUUCACCAGUGUGCCCACACAGGGGGGAAGCACCCUGGGCAUGUCCCCGCGCCACAGCUGUGUCCGGAGCUUCACUCUGCGGGAGUUUGCUUUGGAGCAGAAACGCAGCCACCGCAACAUGCUGCGGCAUCACCUGAAAGAGGAGAAACUCAACGCCAUCAGGCUCAAGCUCACCAAAAACGGGACAGAGUCGUCAGCGGAGGCGGACACACUGUCGCUGGACGACAUUUCCGUGGACGAGCUCGAAGUGGACAACACGGAGGUGGACGAGUACUUCUUCUUACAGCCUCUGACCACCAGGCGGCGCCGUGCUCUGCUGCGGGCGUCUGGCGUGAGACGCAUCGCGGUGGAGGAGAAGCACGAGCUCCGCACGCUGCGUGUGUCACGUGAGGAGUGCGGCUGCUGCUGCAGGGGCGCGUGCGAGCCCGAAACCUGCGCGUGCAGCCUGGCCGGCAUUAAGUGCCAGGUGGACCGCAUGUCGUUCCCCUGCGGCUGCACCAAAGACGGCUGCAGCAACAGCGCGGGUCGCCUGGAGUUCAACCCUGUGCGAGUGCGGACCCACUUUCUGCACACCAUCAUGAAGCUGGAGCUGGAGAAGAGCCGUGAGGAGCCGCUCCUGCACCUCCAGCACCCCCCUCCACCGCCGCCACCACCGCUGUCAGAACAUCAGCAGCUUGUAACCAACGGCAACGGUUUCCAUAGCGACCCCUCCUCCCUGGUCCAGACGCAGCAACAGCCGAACCUGCAGUUUCCUCUCAUGAUGCACCUCCAGAGCGACGCGGCAGACCCCUGUUUGGAAGAGGAGGAGGAGAGGGAUGAAGAAGAAGAAGAUGAUGACGAUGAUGAUGAUGAUGAAGAGGAGGAGGACGAAGCUUACGAGGAAGAUGAGGAUGGGAGUAGUGUUUGCAGUGGCCUUUCAGACUGUAGCACACACAGCUUAGACACCAAUGACCCAGAGGACGCCGAGGACAGUGAGGAAGAGGAGGAUGAUGAAGGAGAGGAGGAGGACGAGGAGUGGGACUGUCCUUUACAAAGCACAAACGCACCUCCGUACCCAGUCCCUCUGCCAUCUAUACUCAGCUACUCCAACAGCACACUAGCAAGCCCCUCUUUCCAUUACAGAGAAAACCAGGGGCAGUCUCUCCCCACAGUUGACACGGCUCUAAACUCGGACAUGUCCAGCACACAGCACCAGGCCCCCCCCUGCUGUCUCCCCCCACAGUUGCUUCUCAACUCCCAAAGUCUCCCACCACGUGCACAGAUGCGUGAGGAAGAGGCUGCCCCUAGUGGUGGACAUUCUGCACUGCUCCCGAACAAUCCAGACUGGUGUGACUCACAAACUGACAAUGUGGCCAAGUAG